UUUCUCCCUUAACCUCAGAAAUGUUUUUUACUUUAAUUUUGCAAUAGGCUGGCUCAUCAACAAAUAAAUCGUAAGCUUAUUACUUUUGGGGGAAUUUAAAACUGAAUUAAAACAAAACCUGAUUAGUUUAUCCUUGAAUCUCGGCUUUCUAAUAUCAUAUUUUGGUCUAUGUAUAUGUUUUGUAUGUUUGUUUUUGUUAUAUUGAUUUACAUCCUGUCAGUUGUAUGAUGAGUUGACAAGCAAGUGGAUCUAGACAGGCUUCACAGAUUAUUGAGAAGUUGAAAAAUGUGUGAAUAUCCUGAACAUUAAAAAUGUUAUCCUGACAACAUUUUUGUUAUUAUCUUUCCUGGGCGAGAUGGAACAGCAUAGGGAUGAGUUUUCCAUAGUCAGGUCAGGUACUAUAUAAAAGCUUGUGUUUAAAGACACUGUCAAUAAUAGUCAGAUGAGAGCAGUCACCUCUGAGCUCACUUGUCAUGGCAGGGUUGCGGAUCAGAUGAAAGAUCAGAUUAACCCUGGGGACUUGACAGUAAUACUGACACUAAUCGCUAACAGUAUUUUAUUUCCAUCACAAUUUUUGUUUCUUUCUAGGCCUUGCAUAUGAUAAAGAUGAUAACAAGGAUGAUGCAACUGAACCUCAGACACUAUUUUGAAUUUGAUGGCUCGCAGAUGACAGAACAUUAAGUGAAGUGUCAUACUAAAUUCAGGAAAAUGCAAGCAUGUCUUGCAAAAGAGAAAUCCGUGUGGAGUUUAUCUACAGGAAUAAAGUAAAGCGGAAUCCAGGGGCUCUUCUGCUUGUGUGUGUGUGGCUCCUGUGCUCACAGACAGUGUCCAGCAGCAACCAAAGCUCCCGAGGCCAAACCGUUCGGUCUGAAGUUAAGCCGGGAACCUGUGAAGUGGUUGCAGCUCAUCGUUGCUGUAAUAAGAAUAAAAUAGAGGAGAUAUCUCAGACGGUCAAGUGCUCAUGUCUCCCCGGACAGGUUGCUGGGACCACCCAUGCCCAACCUUCAUGUGUAGACGCGUCUAUCGUGCGGAUGAAGUGGUGGUGUCAAAUGGAGCCAUGCUUAAAUGGUGAAGAGUGUAAAGUGUUGCCUGACCUCACUGGCUGGUCCUGCAGCUCUGGGAACAAAAUCAAAACUACCAAGGUCACACGGUAAAGCAACACUUCUGUGGACAUGUGAUGACAACUCGUAAUUUCACACUAGCAUAUUUUAAAAUCAGACCUGCAAAUGUCAACAAAAAUGUGCGCGCGAGCAGAAACAUGCAAACUGUGAACUAAGACUGUGAAAAGAGUUUGUGAAAAGGCUUCGCAAAAUAUUUCAAGUUCAAAUAAAUGCUGUUUUUCUGAAAAAAUUCUGAAUUCUGAAAAAGUAUCACAGUUUCCACAAAAAUAUUAAGCAGCAACUGUUUUUAACAUUGAAAAUAAUAAGAAAUGUUUCUUGAGCAGCAAGUCAGCAUAUUAGAAUGAUUUCUGAAGGAUCAUGUGACACAAGUCUGGAAAUUUAGCUUUGCAUCACAGGAAUAAAUUACACUUUAAUAUAUAUCCAGAUAGAAAACAGUUAAAUUGUAUAAAUUGUAAUAAUAUUUCACAAUAAUACUGUUUUUACAGUUGUAUUUUUAGGUGAGCAUAAGACUUUUUUCAAAAACAAUGCUACUUACCCCAAACAUUUGAACAGUAAUAUAGUAUAUUUUCCAAAAUAUCAUCUUUUGUGCUUCACAGAAGAAGAAAAAAAAAAGUCAUACAGGUGUUGAAGGACACAAGAGUGAGAAAUUGUUGAUUUUUGAGAGAACUUUGCCUUUUUAAAUAUCUUUGGAAAUCACAGGUAUGUUUUGUUUGUAUUGAUUAAACCAUGUUGCAUCAUAAUUUGAAAAUCUGUUGUUCUCCAAAUUGUAACCAAGUUAACUCUGAUGUUGUUUUUGCACAGCAAAACUUCUUCUAGGCUUCUGAUUUAGACAAAUAUUAAGAUAAAGCUCCUACCAACACGCACACACAAACACACUGCCUGUCUCUUCAUUUUCAUCUGACUGACUCGACACACCACCUGCAAGUGGAGGCAAGUAAACAUGGAAGUUUGGAGCAAAACAAGCCCUGUUUGAUAUGGAAAUAGAACAGAGGAGUGUGAGAGUGUGUGUGUUUAUCUGGAUGUGUGAGAAAGACAGAUGGAGAACCAGACUAUGCUGGAGCCCAUGUGCUCCUGAGUUGUAGGUCAUUAUCAUAUUAGAGUUUAUUCAAAUUUUGAUUCCUUUUUUUCCAGGUUUGGGGAAGUAGGGGGCUCAGCUUCAAAUUAUGACUGUAAAAACAGUGAAAUUAUGUAUUAGUUUGCUUACACACACACACACGUUGGGGAUCACGGCAGGUUCCAGUCUGUUAUU